UGUUUUCCUGUCAAAAAUCACACACUGCAUCGCGAGCCGAAACACGUGCGGGAAGAACAUACGCCGGGUCGUGUAUAAUUUAACACAUUUUUAACUUCACACAAAACGCUUCACAUCGUAAAAUGGGUAAAAUAAAGACGGAAAAGGUAGAUGCGAGCGAGGAGGUCGACACUUCGGUGGUGGUGAAGGAGGAAGACUCGUACGAGGACAAGGUCCGCAAUGCCAGCGCAAUCGCACAGCCAAUGGCGUCCAAGAAGCUCACCAAAAAAGUUCACAAGCUUAUCGAAAAAGCAUCGAAACAGAAAAACUUCCUGCGUAACGGACUGAAGGACGUUCAGAUCCGCCUGCGCAAGGGAGAGACUGGAUUGGUUGUGUUUGCCGGCGAUGUGACACCGAUCGAAAUCAUGUGCCACCUGCCGGCCGUGUGCGAGGAGAAGAAUAUUCCCUACUGCUACAUGCCGAGCCGGAAGGAUCUCGGUGCAGCGAUGGGGGUGAAGCGCGGCACGGUCGCGAUGCUGAUCCGGGAGCAUCCCGACUAUCAGGAUAUGUACGAUAAGCUAAAGGUAGAACUCUCAACCCUUCCCGUACCUUCAUAAAGGGGGUUCGAUUCUGCGUCGACCUGCUAAAUUGUACUAUUUUAGUGUAAACAACCGUGCCCGAGGAGAAGGAGGAGGAUGAUUUUCUUUUACAAUUUUUCUUUUUAUUUUUUCUCAACACUUGAAUUCAACAUUUAAUGCAUUUUUAUUACAUCGUCAAACGUGCUUUCGGUUAAGAAGCAAAUCGAAAGUGGAAUAGAUUUGCUAAUAGACAGACAGCCAGAUUUAUUAAAUUGUGUUACUACCCCGAAUAUUAGUACACAUAAACACGCUUGUCCAUUGAAGUAUAGAAAAACCCAAUAAACCUUCCAAUGUAAUACUACUA